AUGAAUUUAUAUUUAAUUCAAUUUAUAAAAGCAUACUUAACAAUAGAAGAGUUGUAUGAAAUUAAUGAAAGAACUUACAAUGAAUUAGAUCAAGUGGCUAAAUCUGAUUUUAUUUCUAAGGUAAAAAUCAAUUUUUAUGAAAAAUGUCCUUUGAGUAUAAAAAAAUGUUCAGCUGAUUCUUGUAGUGUCCCAAUUAUAAAAUAUAAGAAUAAAGACGGUAUUAUCGAUUUACUAAAAGUAAAAGAAUCAUACUCACCUACAAUUACAAAUGGAUCUGAUGUAUGGAGAGCAAUGUACAAUUUAACACCCAAUAAGGCAUUUCAUAAAAUACUUAAUGGAAUGAAAUUCACAGUAACAACACACAUAUCAGCUUUUUAUACAAAUUUUAUAGGAAAUUAUUUUCCCAAUCCUUUCGUAUUUAGAAAAAGUUAUACUGAGGAAUAUCAAAAUGAUUUUAUCAACUUAUAUAUGAUUAUAAGAAAUGCUAUUGGUUCACUUAAACAUACAAAUUCUGUUUUACAUCCUGAAGUUAAAAAAAUUGUUGAUCUUAUUGAAAUUGAUAAACGCUUUGAUAUUUUAACAUAUGAUUCUUAUGAACUUAUUGAAAAGUGUAUUGAAUGUGUAGCAUGUCUUGACUGCCAAAAAUGUAUUUUAUGGGGUACUAUUCAGUUAAGAGGAUUGAGAACAGCAAUUGAAGUUUUCAAUAAAGAAAAUAUUGAUGGUGUUUUUCAAAUUUAUCUUAUUAAUUUAUUUAGAAGGUUAAGUGAAACAGUUAAACAAUCACACCGACUUAAAAAUAUAAGAUAUCCAUUCAUUUAUUUAGUAAUUUCUUACUAUAAAAGUAUAACGACUUUAACACUAAUAACAAUAAUGUUUGGAUUAUUAAUUAGAAAAAUAAAGAGUUCAGGAAUGAGAACACAAGUAGAAUUAGAUCAAAAAAAUAAAUGA